CUCGUCCAUCCCGGGGGGCUGAGGCAGAUCUUGACAAAUGGCACGGAAGUCCUGUUAAGUCGGGGCAAGAAUUCGGCCCUCACCAAGUCCACGGUAACCUCGGAAGACAAGGGCGUCUACCGCUGCAUCUUGGGCACAAUCCGCAUGCAGAGGCCAGCCACGGUCCUCAUUUACCACGUCAAGGUGAUUCCGGAGGGUAAGAAAAAUGCCGAGACCUCCGGUUCUGGUCAAAAGCCAAAUCCUACUACUACUACUACUACUACGACGACGACGACGACGACGACUCCUACGACGACUCCUACGACGACUCCCAGUCAGACUUCCAAGACCUGUACACACCCCACUCUGGUUGUGGGUAUAAGGCCCACCCUGACCUCGACACCGAGGCCAACAACGACCUCGACAACGAGGCCAGCCCGGACCACGACUCGGAGGCCAACCCCGACCUGGACUAAGAGACGCACUUUGCAGACUCACAAGCUCCACACCGCAGUUAAGCUUGAGGCCAUCAGGACUACGACUACGCCUCGGAAGAAGACUCCGCAUACCAAGAAGACAAAGGCUACAAGGACGACUCGGAGUACUACGAAGACUUCGGUUCCGUGGAUCGAGGAGUCCCUGACUUUCACGGCGGAGCCUGAAGAUACCUCCGCGGUUGAUUCUGGCCCGUGCAAAGGGCACGGAGAUGUCAUCGUGGACACAGGCCAGAACACCUCCAGUGUCCUUAAUAUCACGCUGAUCGCGCUAGUGACCGGUGGGGCAAUCGCGGUCCUGGGGAGCCUGGCGCUGACGUGA